GGGGAGAAGGGUGGCCUGCACACAAGCGGGGGUCGCCGCAUCUCGGCGCGACAAUGCAGGUGUCCAGCCUCAACGAGGUGAAGGUUUAUAGUCUCAGCUGCGGCAAGUCCCUUCCCGAGUGGCUCUCUGACCGGAAGAAGAGGGCGCUGCAGAAGAAAGAUGUUGAUGUGCGCAGGAGAAUUGAACUUAUACAGGAUUUUGAGAUGCCUACAGUUUGUACCACGAUUAAGGUGUCAAAAGAUGGACAGUAUAUUCUAGCAACUGGAACAUACAAACCUCGGGUUCGCUGUUAUGACACCUACCAGUUAUCCUUGAAGUUUGAAAGGUGUUUAGAUUCAGAAGUUGUCACCUUUGAAAUUUUAUCCGACGACUAUUCCAAGAUUGUUUUCCUACACAAUGACAGAUACAUUGAAUUUCACUCACAACAAGGUUUUUACUACAAAACCCGGAUACCAAAGUUUGGGAGAGACUUCUCAUACCAUUACCCGUCCUGCGAUUUGUACUUUGUUGGUGCAAGCUCUGAAGUUUAUAGAUUAAAUCUAGAGCAAGGACGGUACCUGAAUCCUCUACAAACUGAUGCUGCGGAGAAUAACGUUUGUGACGUGAAUGCUGUGCACGGCUUGUUCGCCACUGGGACCGUGGAGGGUCGAGUAGAGUGCUGGGACCCACGAACUCGAAGCAGAGUUGGCCUGUUAGAUUGUGCCCUGAGCAGCGUCACAGCGGAUUCAGAGGUAAACAGUUUACCAACCAUCUCUGCUUUGAAAUUCAAUGGCGCCUUGACCAUGGCAGUUGGAACAUCCACAGGGCAGGUUUUAUUAUAUGAUCUUCGAUCAGAUAAACCAUUACUAGUGAAGGAUCACCAGUAUGGUCUGCCCAUUAAGUCCAUUCAUUUCCAGGACUCGUUAGAUUUAAUUUUGUCUGCAGACUCUCGAAUCAUCAAAAUGUGGAAUAAGAACUCAGGAAAAAUAUUUACCUCCUUGGAACCAGAACAUGACAUUAAUGAUGUCUGCCUUUAUCCCAACUCAGGAAUGCUUCUUACUGCCAACGAAACCCCCAAGAUGGGCAUCUAUUAUAUUCCGGUUUUGGGCCCUGCCCCCAGGUGGUGCUCUUUCUUAGACAGCCUGACCGAGGAGCUGGAAGAGAACCCAGAGAGCACGGUGUACGACGACUACAAGUUUGUUACCAAGAAAGACCUUGAAAAUCUGGGACUCACGCAUCUAAUCGGAUCACCUUUUCUCCGGGCGUACAUGCAUGGAUUUUUCAUGGAUAUAAGGCUCUAUCACAAGGUGAAACUGAUGGUAAAUCCGUUUGCCUAUGAAGAAUAUAGGAAAGAUAAAAUUCGACAGAAGAUAGAGGAAACCCGGGCUCAGCGAGUUCAGUUAAAGAAAUUACCCAAAGUUAACAAAGAGCUGGCACUUAAACUGAUGGAGGAGGAGGAAGAGAAGCAGAAGUCCAUGUGGAAAAAGAAAGUAAAGAACCUGCCAAAUAUCCUCACUGAUGAUCGAUUCAAAGUGAUGUUUGAGAACCCUGAUUUCCAAGUAGACGAAGAGAGUGAAGAAUUUAGGCUUUUGAAUCCGCUUGUUUCGAAAAUUGGUGAGAAAAGGAAGAAGAAACUACGGCUGUUAGAGCAGCAGGAGCUCCGUGUACAAGAAGACGAGGACGAGCCGGAAGGAAAGCCCAGUGAUGAGGACAGCUCUGGGAGCUCGGAUGAUGACAAGGACUGGGUGGAAGAGGUCAGGAAGCAGCGCAGACUUCUCAACCAGGAGGAGAGAGUGAAGCGGCAGGAGCAGCUCAGGCAGGACCAGCAGACCGUCCUGAGGCCCCAGUUCUAUGAGAUCAAAGCGGGGGAAGAGUUCAGAAGCUUCAAAGACUCAGCUACGAAACAGAGACUGAUGACUAAAACACUUGAAGAUCGUUUGAAACUGGAAGCGAAAAAUGGGACAUUGAAUAUUUCAGACACCACUGUUGGCAGCAAGCAGUUGACGUUCACAUUAAAGAAGUCCGAACAGCAGAAGCAGCAGCAGGAGGCUGAGAAAGUGCACCGGCAAGAGCGGAAGAAGCUUCGCCGUUCAGCCGGUCACCUGAAGUCAAGACACAAGCGAGGACGGCCAUUUCACUGACCUUGGACGUGUCCCCCCAAGACGCCUGUGUUCAUGCUUCUCUGAUCCCUGAGGAAGGUGUGUGAGAAGCACACUGCCACCUAACUACCACCCCGGGCGUAGCUGUUUGAGUUCCGUGUACGGUCCUGGUGCAGUCACUGAGGUACUGGGCUCACAGCUAAGGGUCAUUGUACCCCGGGUGUGAAUCGAGUAAGCUCAGUUACCAUUUUUAGGAUUGUGGAAUGUGUACCACCCAAUGAAUGGCUUAUCUUGGGCUAAAGGUGAAAGGUCAUCACGUGCUGCUGCGGUGCCGUGCACACAUGCACCUCGUGAACUUCAGAGAUCUUCACUGUGCGCCUGGGUCGUGAUCACUCAUCUGACCCCCAUGGGUGACGAUGCCUCAAACAGAAAACACAAGGCGGCUUCAUGGAAAAAUUCCAUUAUCUUUUCAUUCUACUUAUCAGGAGUUUUUUGGAAUUCCCCUAGCCGCAUGUGCACGCCCCCCCCCCCCCCCAUGUAAUUUCUAUCUGUAUACCCCAGAUUAUUUUUAAAUAAAUACAGUAACUUAAAAAACACCUGCAUGUCGUCAAGUCAUGUAAAUGACGUUUCUGUUCACAUCUGAUCGGGACAAUGGUUUUGUCUUGUUUUUCCCCUCCCACUUAAGACAAUGUGGACUAACUACAGAAAUAAGAAUAACUAGCGGGAAACCCCUGUUUUAGAGAGUGUUCACUUUGUCAAGAGCCCUGGGCACAGUGCGGUUACUGUUGGGCUGCUAACGCAAGGUGGGCGGUUGGAAACCACCAGCUGCUGUUGAGAAGGAAGACGAGGCUGGCUGCCGCCGGCAAGAUCCAUGGCCGAGGGAGUUGGAAGGGCAGCCCUGCUCUGUCCUGUGGCGUCUCUCUGAGUCAGAAUUGGCUCCAUGGCCGUGGGUUUGGGUUUGGGGUUCACUUUUUAGGGAGGGGGAAAAUUUGAGAGGAACCUCAGUUCUGUUAGAGGGCCCCACGUGCCAUAAGAAAAAGCAAAUGUUUUAUAACCUGAUUGGACUAAUGUUAACAGCAUUCUUUUAAAUACAAGUUCUGGAGUAUUUUA